AUGGAUUCCAAAGGCAAUGUCCGAAGCGGAAACAAACCUGAUGCCAAGGCCGCCGGAAAGCCGGAAAAGCCCAACCCUGGGCCUGCCACGAAUGCAGACAAGAAGGAGAUCCCCAAAGAGCAGCCUGCUGCUGCCACUGCCACCAAGAAGGCAGGUGGUGACGCUGCCGUCGUGAACAACCACAGCAACCUGAAACCCAGCCCCGCCGCCACGGAGACGCAAGAGGCCACCGGCCAGUCCCCUGACUCUGACCACAAGGGAGACAGCUCGGAGGAGUCACCAGGCAGUUUCUUCGACAACAUGAAGCCCUUGAUCAUCGUGGGAGGAGUGGCGGUGGCAGCGCUGGCUGUGAUUGUGGGAGUGGCAUUCCUAGCCCGGAAAAAAUGA